GUCUGGGUGAAAUGCCAAGAGAUGUCAUAGUGGGGACACUAUUUAAUUUGUUACUACCUGUUUUACUACUGACUGCAAUAUCACUGAGGUACAAUGGGCUAUCGGUUGUGUAUCUUCUGUUUCUACUGUCUGUACCACUGUUUCCUAGCCCAAACUUGGAUACCAUGAAGGGGAAAACUGGAAGGUUUCUUCUUGCCGUUUGCUCCACUGGUGUGACAUUUCUGGCAUUGCAGUGUGGAAUGCAAAUCACCUUCACAUAUAUUCCCAAGGAUGUGACUGGACCAUGGGACAACAUUUUCUUUAACUUUGGCAUUGUCAGGUUUAGUGAUGUGGACACACUUAACAUAAUACGUCUACUAAUGCCAGAUUUUGCUGUCUUCCUGUCUACACUGUUCAUCCUUCAUUGGUGUAAAGCCAAAAAGCCACAUCAUAGCGAAAACUGCAGGGACCUCUACAACAGUGAGGGUUCAGAUGGAGAGAUUUCUGACUCAGAAUGUGAAGGGGAGAGUACAACAUCCUCUUUUGGCUCCUCUGUUAAGAGCCACACCUCUCCUCUCUCCUCUCCUGACGUUCUGCAAAAACUGAUCAUAUUUUUGACCAGUCUGAGACUUCUUAUGUCUUCUGUAAUGAACACUGCUGGAAAAGUCUUGGUGACUGUUCUGUUGUGUUUAGCAGGUAUAACGUUUCCCUCGCUGACAUCAGCACUGUAUUUCAUGGUGUUUCUUGGCCUUGUAUGGUGCUGGGUGUUAGACUACACCAUCUCUCUGCUGCACUUUAGCUCUUUGUGUGUAAUGAUGACCAUCUUCAGUGGAGGACACAUCCUUAUCCUGUACCUCUACCAGCUGCCUCUUUUCCAACAGCUCAUUCCUCCUCAGGAUGGCUUUACCAGGUUGUUUGGUUUGACAGCGCUCAUCCAGACUAACAUGUCAGAACCAUAUAUUCUGGCCCUGCAUGAAGAUGGUAGCUGGCCUGCAAUGGUUCACCCACUGGUGCUCCUACUGCUGUAUUUUUCAGUCAUGAGUUUACUACAUAAGUGGACUCAGUCUUUUCAGGAGGAAAAUGUGGAAAGUUUUGCUGAAGCCUCCGACAUCCUAUCCAACUUCUCCAAGAGUCACCAUUUCUCCCCUGAAAGAAAAGAGGCCUUGAUGUUGGUGUGGAAGAGGACAUGGCAAGACCAUGAAGGUUCUGGGCUGAAUUCCCUGAUUGUGGAAGAUGACUACCCAAAUUGCUUUGCUUUUUCUCCAUAUACACAGAAUGUCUCUUACUGUACAUCAAAAAGCACAGAAUAUACUGUGAAGAAGGAAAGCUGUGGUGGAGGGAAUGGAAUACUGAAUGAUGCAGAUUCUCUAUCUUCUACUGAUGCGUCAGGACCCAGUGCUUUAAACCAGCUUGGACAGGUCAUAAUGAAACAGAGCUAUUUAAUUGCUCUCAUCAUCACAAUGGUAUGGAGCAUCAGCUAUAACUCAUGGCUUACAUUAGUGUUACUCGUGUGGUCAUGUGCAAUCUGGAUGUUGAAGGAUCGGCGGCGGUACGCCAUGCUAAGCGCUCCAUUGCUUGCUGUCUAUGGGACAUUGCUGCUAGUGGUUACAUUCAUCAGUCAACUCCAUCUUAACCAUAUUGACAUUUUCCCUACUUUACCAAAAGAUGUCUUGAUUGACUUUGAUGUCUAUGGUUAUCCAGUACCCUGUGUGCACCUUGCUACAAAGGUUUCUUACACAUUUAGUUUCUGGAUAUUACUUAGACAACAGCUGAAAGAAAAAAAUGAAGAGGACUUGCAGACAGCAGAUCAUUUAAUGGAAGUCAAAGUACAAUCAUGUGACACCAGUCAAGCCUCUCAAAUGAUGAUAUUGUUGGGAACAUUAGUUAAAGGCAUUUUGGUGAAGUACUGGAUCUUCUGCUGCUGCUUCAUGUUCUUCUUUGUCAGUUUCUCUGACAAAGUAGCAGUCUACAAAAUCCUCUAUAUCUGCUUAUUCCUCUUCUGUGUGGUUCUGUAUGAGGUACAUUAUGAAGUGUGGAGAAGUAUAUUGAAGCAUUUCUGGGCGGUUGUUGUUGGAUACUCUAUGCUAGUGUUGAUCCUGAUCUACGUGUACCAGUUUAAAAGUGUCUGUAACCUGUUCCAACAGAUAUUAGGCAUACCAGAGGAGAGGUUGCGAGACAUUGGGCUAGAACAGUUUGACACCAUUGAACUAUUUGCGCGAAUCUUACUGCCAGCCUUCUUCCUACUGGCCUGCAUUCUUCAGCUGCAUUAUUUCAACUGUGAUUUCCUCUCUCUAACUGAUCUUCAGACAGUAGUGCCAAGGAACAAAAUUGACAGAGAGGAAGACCUGAAGGAAACACUAAAGGGGAUUUUUGAUAUGAUGAAGAAAAACACAGAGAAAUUGAAGAAAUGGUUGAAGGAAAGGCAGAUCCAUGGGAAAAGUAGUGAUCAAAUUUCGUCUUCCUCCUUGGAUGAACAUCAUGAAAUAGAAUUAGAAGAUGAUGUGAAGCAGUGGUUGGUGGUGAUGGACAGGGUGCAUGAGUUGACCCUGCAAGCUGUUCUGUGGUUAUGGAGAGGUCAGGAGCUGUGCUGGAGAAUACUGGAGCUCCACAGCUUUAAACUUGUCUCUACAGCCAUCAUUUGGGUAUGCGUGCAGGAGGUAUCGCUGAUGAAUUUGUUGUUUUUGGUGUUGUGGACAUAUGCUCUGCCAUAUUUGAGACUGCGGCCUUUGGCUUUCAAUGUGUCUUCUGUUUGGGCCUGUGUGAUGGUUGUGUGUAAAAUGAUGUACCAGCUCAAAAUUAUCAAACCAUCUGAGUAUUCUUCAAACUGCACUGCUGGCCUAACAUCAUGUAAUGAGAGUUCCACUGGUGAUAACAGAGCAGAGCUAUUGAGGAAUUCAGUUCUGUAUUUGGCACCAGUGGAUCCAGCAAUAUGGGUUGGCGGACUGAGGAAAUGUGAGGAUCACAUCCUACCCUGUCUCUGGAAUCACCUGUUAAUUUUAGGCCUCCUUGUGUUUGAUGUGACUGUCCAUCGGCACCAGCUCCAUCACCGUCUCCAAAAUGGCCUUAAAGUAACACAGAGUAGAACCAUAUUUCAGGGUGUGACACACCAGCAUCUAGACCACGGAAUUCUACCCUCCCUCAAAUAUUUUGCUAACUAUUUCUUCUACAAGUUUGGUUUGGAGGUAUGUUUUGUGGUGGCAGUAAAUGUCAUUGGCCAGCGGAUGGAUGUCUGUGCACUUCUGCACUCGUUUGCUCUUAUGGCUGUUCUGUCACGCCGUCGUAGAAAGGCUAUAGGAGAAGUAUGGCCAAAAUACUGCUGCUUCAUUGCAAGUUUCAUGGUGCUGCAAUACCUGCUGUGCAUUGGCCUACCACCAGCACUCUGCAUUGAUUAUCCCUGGAGGAAGUCAUCUGCGGCUUGGAGCUCUAAUCUGAUAAAGUGGUUGUAUCUACCAGACCAUGCCAUGAGUCCCAAUGCCAACUUCAUUCUCUAUGACUGCCUGCUGUUGUUGGUAGCAUCUCUCCAGUGGCAAGUCUUUGAGGAUGAAAAUCAGGCUUGUGUGAGACUCCUGGCAGGAGAGAAUGUGGAGAUCAGUCGAAAUCUGGAUCCACAAACCCUCAACCAGUACACUCCUGUCAACAACUUUCUGCAUUGCCGAUCAUAUCUGGACAUGGUGAAGCUGUUUGUGUUCAGUUACUUUUUCUGGCUGGUGUUAUGUCUCAUCUUUAUCACUGGAACCACAAGAAUUAAUAUCUUUUGUCUGGGUUAUCUGGUGGCCUGUUUCUAUUUUAUGCUGUUUGGAGGCACAUUACUGCUUCAGCCUGUGCAAUAUGUGCUUAGACUGUGGGACUGUCUCAUAGCUUACACUUGUGUGGUCAUCAGCCUCAAGAACAUGCUUUCACUUGGCUCCUGUGUUUAUCUGGAGGGUCUACAGAAGCACGGCUGUUGGCUCAUUCAAGCUUUUAGCAUGUUCUGCACCAUCAAUGGCUACAAUUUACCCAAGCCUGACAAUCAGUGUGAAUUGCCAGAGGGUGAAGCUGGUAUCGUCUGGGAUGCAAUCUGUUUUACUGUCCUGUUGGCUCAGAGGAGAGUCUUCCUCAGCUACUACUUCCUCUAUGUUGUUUCUGACCUUCAGACUUCUAAGGUCCUUGCUUCAAGAGGUGCAGAGUUGUUUGAAGCCAAAGUGAAGAAACAGGUGGCAGCAAGAUUAGAAAUGGAGAAAAAAUCUGUGGAAAUACUGAAGAAACAAAUGGAGAAAAUCAAGUCAAAACAAGAGAUUGCUCCUUAUCAAGAGGUUACAUCAUCUGCUGCUCAUGCUGAGUCCUCAUAUUGCCCAAAGCAAAAUGAUGGGGACUGUGGCUAUGAUCUGUUUGAAACUGACAGUGAGGAGGAGGAAGAGGAGAUGAAAGACAAGACACAGGACAAUAUUUCUCCAAAGAAGAAAACUGCUUUUCAGUUGGCCUACGAGGCUUGGGUGGCAGGCUACAAAGCAGCCCUAAAAGACCAUGAACGUCAAGAGCAAGAAGAACAAACGAAAGUCAAAAGACAGUUGCACAGACAAGAGGGCAUGGAGAAAGAGGAGUCUGGUGAGGAGCAGCAGGAGGAGUUCAGUCAAAAAGAAGAGGAAGAAAAAGAGCACAUACUUAAGCGAACACUUGACACUUUGAAAUUUUUCUGGGUUUUUCUUCUUCGUCUUACUGAGGAUGUAAUAUCUGGUCUUAAGUCACUCUGUAAGGAUAGUUUGGAUAUCUCUAAAGUGCUUCACUUUGAGAAAACUCUACUGAGCAUACAACAGAACAAGGGCAGGGAUGUCUCUCAUGACAGUAUUCAUCAGUUUUACAAAAACUGGCUGUCCAGACAAAACACAGAAACAUCACUGGAAACAACCAAAGAGAAUAUACAAGAAAUAUCCACUUCACAUCCAGCCAUGAGCAGUUACCGAUGUGACUAUGUCAAACUCAGCAGUGUCCACUCAUGGGGCAGCAGCCUUUCCAGCUGCCAGACUGAUGACACUCUUCUAGUAACACGACAGUCAACUCAAGAUGACUUGGAUGCCUUGGACCUUACAGAACUUGAUGUUGUCCAGUGCUGCCAAAAUAGAGACUUCUUGACAAGAAGUCCUGAUGAAAAUCAAGUGCUGAAAGAUCACAUUGAUAGAUUUGAAAAGGUAAAAGAGGGGUGCACAGAUGGAGAAAAUACACAAAACUCUGUGCUGCCAGAAUUUCCAGAAAUUAAUAGUCUGCACGACACAAAAAAUGAGGAGCUCCAAGAGUCCAAAAUGCUCAGUAAAGAGACCAGAGCACUUACUGCCAGUGAAUUGCUGCUUAACAAAAUAUUUGACAUUCUGGAGAUUGAAGAGUCUGAGAGAUUCUACUCUUCUUUGCCUUGUGGUGUGCGUCUCAUCUUUGCUCUUUACAAUUUGAUGGAGUCUCAGUCAGAGAUGUUCUGUUACUUUGUGAUUAUCUUAAAUCACAUGGUGUCUGCCUCUCUGCUAACACUCUUCCUGCCCAUCCUCAUCUUCUUGUGGGCCAUGUUGUCAGUGCCACGGCCAACCAAGCGCUUCUGGAUGACAGCUAUUAUCUACACACAGCUCACAGUUGUGGUAAAGUACUUUUUCCAGUUUGGCUUCUUUCCAUGGACUACAUCAGCAUAUCGUGGCAUUAAUGCAGAGCGUGCAUUUGCAGUACCCAACAUAGUUGGAAUUGAGAAGAAAGAUGGCUACGUACUGCUAGACCUCAUCCAGUUAAUUGCUUUGUUCUUCCAUCGCUCCAUCCUUAAGUGUCAUGGUUUGUGGGAUAACAAGGAGGUGGAGAUGCCAGACUUUUUUAAGAAACUAAAGAGAAAAACAGAGAAAAACAAGAUGGCUGGAGGAUCAAGACAACGAGAAGAAAACACAAGUAGACGAAUGCCCUUUGUUCCAUCAUACACCUCUUUCCUUCAGAGACAGAGAGUAGAGAGCCCCGAGAGACAAGCAGAUUCAAACCAAAGCAGGAAAAAACAUUCACAGAAGAAGCAACAGUGGAAUGUGCCACUAAGCAGGAAGGAUCGAAUAAAACAGUACAUGAAUGGCCGAAUGCUGGAAGCCAAAGCUGCUGUCAUAGAGCUUGCUCUACACACAUAUUUACCCAUAAGGCAGUUCUUCUACGACAUCAUCCAUCCUGAGUACAGCCCUGUGUGUGAUGUGUAUGCGCUGAUGUUCCUGGUAGAUGUGGUGAACUUCAUCAUUAUUAUAUUUGGAUACUGGGCCUUUGGAAAGCACAGCGCAGCUGCUGAUAUUACAGAGUCACUGUCAGAAGACCAGGUUCCUGAAGCUUUUCUCGUCAUGCUUCUCAUCCAGUUCAGUACCAUGAUUGUCGACCGAGCACUCUACCUUCGUAAAACUCUUCUUGGGAAGUGUGUUUUCCAGGUAGUGCUUGUGUUUGGGAUCCACUUCUGGAUGUUCUUCAUACUGCCUGGUGUCACAGAGAGGAGAUUCAACAGGAAUCGAGUUGCUCAACUGUGGUACUUUGUAAAGUGCAUUUAUUUUGGUCUCUCAGCAUACCAGAUCAAAUGCGGCUACCCAAACCGUGUUCUUGGAAAUUUUCUUACCAAGAAGUACAACUACUUCAACCUCUUCCUUUUUCAGGGGUUUAGAUUAGUUCCAUUCCUGACUGAGUUAAGGGCAGUGAUGGACUGGGUGUGGACAGACACAACUCUUAGCCUGUCCAGCUGGAUCUGUGUGGAGGACAUCUAUGCCAACAUCUUUAUUUUGAAAUGCUGGAGAGAAGCGGAAAAGAAAUACCCUCAUCGACGUGGACAGACAAAGAAGAAGGUGGUGAAAUACACUAUGGGUGGCUUCAUUAUUUUUGCUCUUAUCUGCAUCGUCUGGUUCCCUCUUCUCUUUAUGUCUUUGGUUAAAUCUGUAGCAGGAGUGACCAAUCAGCCUGUAGAAGUGUCCAUCCAGUUGAGCAUAUUUGGAUAUGAGCCAUUGUUUACCAUGACUGCUCAGGAACACAAUCUGAUCCCAUACUCUCAAUCAGCCUUCCAGAAGAUGAGCAAUCACUUCGCCACUUACCCGUCAGCGAUGCAGUUUAUUGUGAACUACAUGGCAGAGGACAUAGUGACGGCAAAGGUCAAAAGUGACGCCAGUCGACUGUGGAACGUCAGUCCUGCCAGCCGAGAUGCCAUGAUCUAUGAACUCAGCAACUCAACACACUUCUACAUCACACUGCGCUGGACUUUAAGACGAAAUGCAUCUCUGGUGAUGAAUGCAGAGGCGGCUGGUGAACACACAGUGAAGUGUGAAGAUAGUGUACUGAGAGAGGAACUGGUGUCUAUGCUCAGAGGGACACGCAUUCGUCCAGUGUAAGUGUUUUUUUAAACCUUUAAAUUUAGAUGCUUUCAACAUCUGUUUUUUGCCACUUCUCAUUCCAUCUGUUUUUUGAUGAUUGUCAGGUUACUGGAAAAUCUGCUGCCAAAAUAUAUCAGAGGAACUUCUGGGCCUAAUGCUAAAAUAGCACAUCGACUUCAAGUGGAACAUCCCAAAAGCCUAGAUGACCUCCAUCUACAGUUCUUCCGUCCUCUGUCCAUCAAACUGCAGCGGGGAAAUGGGAGCUCUGCAGAGAUGGGGCCACAAUGGUGGGUGGUGGAAGAGUGUUUUCCAGGCCCUCCAGCCAGUAAAUGCCAGAGUAUUGAGAUGGUGGUGUUCAAUGAUAAAGUCAGCCCUUCCAGUGUGGGCUUCCUGGCCGGAUAUGGCAUUGUGGGUCUGUAUAUGUCUGUGGUGCUGGUCGUUGGUAAGUUUGUGAGGGAGUUCUUCACAGGCAUAUCUCGAUCCAUCAUGUAUGAGGAGCUGCCGUGCGUGGACCGUGUACUAAAACUGUGCAACGAUAUCUUUGUUGUGCGAGAGACGGGAGAGAUGGAGAUGGAGGAGCAACUGUUUGAGAAGCUUAUCUUUCUGUAUCGCUCACCUGAGACCAUGAUCAAAAUGACCCGUAAAAAGAAUGAGUAGCUGCAUGACAUUUCUGUCACAACUAUCACCCUCUCCACAUCUCAGAAAGACACAAGUCAUUUUAUACACUGUAAUGCAGUACUAAGGACAAUUUUGGGAAUAUAUUUGCAUCUACCCAUGAAGGAUUUUGAAGCCCAAAACUUCACGAACUGCAUAAACUGAAAAGAGCAUCAAAGACAUAAUAUACAUCAGGAUUCCUCAAAUCUUGCCCUAGAGGGCCAAUGCGCUGCGUAGUUUAGCUUCAACCCUGAUCAAACUCACCCAUCUGUGAUUUUUGAACGAUCUUUGAGACACUGGUUAGCAUGUUUAGGUGUGUUUAAUUAGGGUUAGAGCUAAACUCUGCAGGAAAGUGCAUCUCGUGGGCCAGAUUUGAAGAUCUCUGAUAUACAUGAAUGAUGGCGUUUGGAUGAAAUUAUUUAUGCUUAAAUGGUUUUACUAGUGGUGUUUUUUUGUAAUCAUGCAGUGCACAAGUAUUUAAUCUUUAUGUAAUCUUUAUUCAGUUAGCUUCUUCUGAAUUAGAAUAUGUACAAAUAUUAUUAUGCUAUGCAUAUAAUAAACCAUGGCAUGUGUAAGACAACUUGUAUUACAUUUAUCUUGUUGCUUAGUCCUUAAUGUUCAAUUAGCAUUUUGCCUGCUAUUAUAAGUAAAACAUCUUAGAUCUGGAGGAAUAAUGGUUACAUAUUUAUAUGUUAAGCAUUACUGUAAUUCAGUCUAAAGGUAAAUCAGAGGUAAAUCUGCAGUUAUGCAUUUAUUUAUUUAUCUAUUUAUCUAUCUAUCUAUCCCUUGUGCGACCUUUUGGACAUUUUUGUCAAUUCGUUUUUUGUUUUAAUAUAAUCAUAUUUUAUCAUAUCAGUGUUAUUGCCAGCUGCAUAAAAUUUGUGUAUUUUUAUUGGAAUUUUACUAUUUAUCCCCCAUUUCCUUUAAUAAAUCUAUUUUGCACUAGGUACAAAAAAAUUGUUCCUCUCAAGGACAAAAAUGUCCCCAAUGAACUGCAAUUUCUAAUCACAGUGCCAUUUAACUGUAAAUUUAUGCAAUUUUUGUUAACAGGCUUUCAUUCUGUUGGCAAGACUUUAAAAUGUAAUUUUUUUUACUAUUUUUUAUUUUUUGAAUUUUUUUUUUAUGACCAGAUGGUGCCCUUUUUUCAGGUAUGGCCUAUAAAGCACAUACUUGCUUUAUUCUUGUUUUCUGC